GUCUUGACAGAGGAUAUGACACGACUCAAUUAGGUUCUGUUCGGGUUGGUUUGGUUCGGUUCAUACUAAUUACGCAGAAUCAACAUUUAUACAUGCAUUUGUACAAAUGUGCUGUAUGCCUAAUAGUGAGAAAUUGAAUACGGCUGCCACACGUGUAACCUCGGCUUUCUAAGUAAUAUUUGUCAGACAUUCACAUCAACAAGGUACAAGGAAAGUGCUGGAUCAGUUUGCUUUGGGAAACAGCAUGAUGGAAAAGGCCAAGAAUACAUGGAAUUGGUAGAUCGACUGGUUAUUUUACAGUUUAUGACAAUCGGGACUUCCUAGACAAUGUUUAUAUCAAAUUUACUCUUGUGUGAAUGAAUGAAUCUGAUGACGGCAUGCAGUAUAUCAAGGAAAUUAUGGGGUAAAACAAGCUGAAAUAAGAAGAACUGAUAACAGAAAUGCGUAAAACCAGCACAUCUUUGAAAGUCUACGAACCAACACUCCAACUUUCAAUCUACGUUGUGAUGACUAGGCGUGCCCUUAGGGCACUGCCCAAUGGGAGGGAUGAUGGGGGGCUUUGCCGCUCAACACCCCCCAGGAAACAUUUUCUUCACCCCGGGAAGUCAUCCAAAAGAUGUGGUUAUCACAGACGAACAUCCCAAAACUCUCCUGUAUCAGAAACAUGCCGACUACAUAGUAGGCUACAGUAAGAAGAAGGAUGAUUAUGAGUUUACGAUGACAGAACACUUUCGCAUGUCAGGGAUGUACUGGGGCAUCACAGCACUAGAUCUUCUUAACCAGCUAGAUCGGAUGGACUCGACAGAAAUCUUAGACUUUAUUUGCAAAUGCCAGGACAAGGGAAGCGGAGGGUUUUCUCCCAGCAUUGGCCACGAUGCUCAUCUUCUUUACACACUUAGUGCUGUACAGAUCCUAGUAAUUUUGGAAGCUCUGGACAAAGUGGAUGUGGAGGCCAUCGUUAAGUAUGUUGCAGGCCUCCAGAAUGAAGAUGGGUCGUUUUCAGGUGACCAGUGGGGGGAAGUGGACACCAGAUUCUCCUUCUGUGCUGUUAAUACAUUGGCCCUACUUAAAAGAUUAGAUGCAAUAAACACAGAAAAAGCUGUGGAGUUUGUAAUGAGGUGUCAAAAUGUUGAUGGAGGUUUUGGCACUCGACCCGGCUCAGAAAGUCAUGCUGGUCAGAUAUACUGCUGUGUUGGACUCCUUUCUAUCACAGGUCAGCUACACAGAGUUAAUGGUGACCUCUUGGGAUGGUGGCUGUGCGAGCGGCAGUUGCCCUCUGGAGGCCUUAAUGGCAGGCCAGAGAAGCUCCCUGAUGUGUGCUACUCCUGGUGGGUGUUGGCCUCCUUGACCAUGCUGGGAAGACUUCACUGGAUCAAUGCUGACAAAAUGAGGGUGUUUAUUCUGGCCACACAGGAUGCUGAGACAGGAGGUUUCACUGAUAGACCUGGGGAUAUGGUGGACCUGUACCACACCCUGUUUGGUCUAGCAGGACUGUCCUUGCUUGGAGAAUCUUCACUGAAACCCAUCAACCCUGUAUUUUGUAUGCCCCAAUAUGUACUAGAUCGUAUUUCAGUAACUGUGCAGAUCAUGUCAACGUGAUGAAACGUUAGCUCCUUUCUUUGAUUGGAAACUUUAUGAUGGUAAAACACUGACUGAAUUUAUCUUCUGCACCUUGUAUAAAUUAUCAUUUUCUGUACUAUGUAAAGUAUCCUGUGAUUAUACACUGUAUUGAUUACAAAAAGGUAUAUGUAUAUUGCAUGUUCUGUACAUUACUAUAAGUUGUCAAUGACCUUAACUGGAAAGAUUUUUGGGGAUUUCCUUGGUCAAUUUUAUACCUCCAACACAUUUUGAGGCAGUUACAAUGUGUUUUAAUUAACUUAUUUCCUUUACUGCUGUAGAACCUCUGCAUUCCACAAUUUACAGUGCAUUAUUUUCAGGCUUUUGUGAAUAAGAGUAAAUACUUGUA